AUGGGUGAUGGAGAAGAGUCGACCGUGACCAAGAGUGGUACGAUGGACAGCAGAGGCGUUGUCAGUGCGACGCCGUAUUCUAUGCAUGCUUCCGACAAUCUGGGAGCCAUGAUCACGUCGGUGACGUUGACGGGUGAAAAUUAUGGUGAAUGGUCUAGUGAGAUGACCAACGCUCUUCGUGCAAAACGAAAACUUGGGUUCGUUAAUGGUACGAUUCCGAUGCUUCUUGCAAAUGAUUCUAACGUGGAGCUUUGGCUCUCGGUUAAUUUGAUGAUUGUGGGAUGGAUUCACACGUCUAUUGAGCCUCGGGAACAGCUCGCAUCUUGUCGCCAGGAUGGAAAGUCUGUUAUUGAGUUCUUUGGACGUCUGUCCAAGUUGUGGGAAGAGUUGGAUAUGUACUCGCCUCUCCCAAGUUGUACGUGUGGAGCAGCUCCGGAGAUAGAGAAAGCACGAGAGGCGGAGAAGAUGCAUCAGUUCGUGAUGGGUCUUGAUGAAUCAAGGUUUGAAGGAAUUUGUCAGUCCAUAGUGUCGUCAGACUCCGAGAUGGACAUUGGAGAAAUAUAUGCUAAGGUUGUGCGAGAAGAACAACGUCUUAACUCGACAAAGGAUCGAAAGUCGCAGCAGAACGCAAUUGGGUUUACAGCCAAGACUGAAAUGGAUCAGGCUACUUCGCGUACUGGUUCUGCUAGUUCAGGAAGACGCUCGCAAUGUGCUCACUGCAGGAGAACAGGACAUGACAAGUCGAACUGUUGGCAACUGGUUGGGUUUCCCGAUUGGUGGGAAGAGCGUGCGUCGUCUAACAGAGGAAACACUAGAGCAAACAGAGGUGGCGGCAGAGGAGGUCGUGGUCGUGGGUCUUCUGGUGCUGAUCGCUCGCGUAACACUGGAGCUCGAGUGAAUAAUGCACACGCGACUACUUCGAACUCUUCUUGUUUUCCUGGUUUUACCGAUGAGCAGUGGGCAGCUCUCUCCCAGAUGAUUGAUGAAAGAGCACGCCCAUCGAAUGACAAGCUCUCUGGUAAGACUAGACUUGGUGAUCUUAUACUGGAUACUGGAGCGUCUCACCACAUGACUGGAGAUCUUUCUCUGUUAGUUAACACGUCGGUGAUACCGCCGUGUCCUACAGGGUUCGCAGACGGAAAUAAAACGUUUGCGACUCAUGUUGGAAAGCUUCCCUUAACAGAUCGUGUCACGCUGGAGAAAGACCGUUUUAAGAGGACCCUGAUUGGAGCCUGUAGAGAGCGAGAUGGGGUAUACUACUUUCAAGAUGUCAUGGCUGCGAGGGUUCAUCGUAUGACUAGUUCAGUUGUCAGCACAGAGGAUCAGUUUAUGUGGCACCAACGGCUAGGACAUCCAUCGUUUUCUGGACCGUAUCGAACUCGUUCUUCUAGUGGUGCAGUCUAUUUCUUGACUAUUGUAGAUGAUUACUCGAGAGCAGUAUGGACGUACUUUCUACUUGAGAAAUCUGAAGUUAAACCCUAUUUUCGAGAACAUGGAGUUGUCCAUCAAACGUCUUGUGUUGGAACGCCUCAGCAGAAUGGGUGUGUUAAGAGAAAACACAUACACAUUUUAAAUGUGUCUCGAGCACUCUUGUUUCAAAGUAAGCUACCAGUUAAGUUCUGGGGCGAGGCCGUCAUGACAGCGGCUCAUUUGAUUAACAGAACGCCUACUAAGGUUCUUCAGAGGCGUUCUCCGUAUGAGAUAUUCCGAAGAUGUAUCUUUACCGGGUAUCCAUUUGGUCAGAAAGGUUGGAAGGUGUACGAUUUGGAGAAGAAGGAAUUUCUUAUCAGUCGAGAUGUUGUGUUUUAUGAAACAGAGUUUCCGAUGGCCUCUGUUUCGGUUCUACCUCAAUUGUCUGUCUUGUCCCCGACUGUUGCUUCUGAUGAUGAUUGGAUUUUUCUCCCAGAAUCGGAGCUAGUGUUGGACGAAAGGGGGAGUACUGACAUCUCUAGUGAACGUGAACGGGUUGCAGAGGUUGCUCAGCCAUCAAGUUGUGUCACUGAAACAGAGCAUGCGAUAGAGCUUCCUCUAUCACCACCAGUAAUAUCUGAUACUUCUGUUCCUGCUCAGCAGUCUUCCUCUCCAUAA